UCGCCAGCCAUGAAGGUCGCCAUCAUCUUCACCGCCGCCGGCCUUCUGCUGGUUUAUCUGGUGGUGGCAGUUCCUUUGCAAACCGAAUGCUCCCCUGGGCAAAAGAAGGAAGACCCUUGCAGCACUUGUAUCUGUGCUGAGGAGGGCUACUGGGAGUGCAAUUACACCUGCUUUAAGCAGAAAACAUCGAAACCCUGUAAGCCGGGAACUAUGCUCUCUGAUGGCUGCACCACAUGUACCUGUAACCCAGAUGGGACGACUGCCACAUGUACCAUGAGCGACUGUUCAUCCCAGCUACCUGGAGAGGUUUGUCCAGACUGCGAGCAGAAACCAUAGAAAACGUCUGGUGCUGUGAAGAGUUGCUUGUGAACAAACUAUGAAAUUUCAUGUACUACAGCAUGUAAUUUAUGC